UAUAGUGGAUGUUCAGCUGAUAUCAUGAGGAGUGGAGGGGUUUUCAAUAAAUUUGUGACUUCCCCUCCAGUUCCACUCGUGCUUCAUGAGCACACAAUUCACGGGAUUGGACCUCAGAGAGAUCCACCCACACUUGGAAGUUAAAUCCCCCCUCUUAGGUUUUUCAAAGAGCUCACUUUAGAUCUGUCUUUUUUAAAGUUACAUCUUUCUUGACCUGCAUUGGCUUCUUUAUACGUUAUAAUGGUUUUUAUGCACACUGUGUGCAAUGUGUCCUUUUGAAAACAAAAAGACAGAUUUUUGGGGAUCACACUCGUGUACUCGUGUUAUGUCAUACCAUUAAUAUUAUCUGCUUUCUCUUCCAUCUCCAUUACUUAUGCUGCUCACUUUGACCCUCUAGGACAAAAACACAUCUGUUCAAAGCCCCACCAUCAUGCACAUUUUCCCCACAACAAUACAUUAGCUUUUCUGUGUAAAUCCCUGCUCGGUACUGCUUUCUACUGUCACAAAGGUUCAAAGGCUCCGUGUGAAUAGCUGGCGGGAUAUAAGAUAGAUGACCAAAGAGAGGGUGGAGUGAGGGGUUCUGGAUAAAGAAGUGGGCGUUAGAUGUGGACACUCAGAGAGAGAUUACGGCUCUCAGUCUCAAGGGAAGGAAGCAAGAGAGAGUUCUUCAGGAAUGACACUCAGUUUCGAGCGGUCACCUUUGUGUAUUGAUGGCAUGAGACCCUUCUUCCUGGCAUCAGAGCGCUCGGCCAUGGUCAACGUAGCGUCACUUUUGGCCCGUAGGUUCUACCAUGUUGGAGGCAGCGUGGCGGUGCCACAGAAGUGUCGUUUGGCAUAUAUAGUUGAGCGAUGCAUGAGUGUGAUGCAGUCGGGGACUCAGAUGGUGAAGCUGAAGAACGGUUCUAAAGGUCUGGUCCGGCUCUUCUAUUUGGAUGAACAUCGUUCCUGUAUCCGCUGGAGACCGUCUCGCAAGAGUGAGAAAGCCAAGAUCACCAUCGACUCACUCUACAAGGUCACAGAAGGUCGUCAGUCUGACAUUUUCCAUCGCCAUGCGGAAGGGAACUUUGAUCCGAGCUGUUGUUUCACUAUUUACCACGGCAACCACAUGGAAUCUCUAGACUUGGUUACCUCAAAUGCAGAGGAAGCGCGGACAUGGGUGACCGGACUCCGAUAUCUGAUGGCCGGUAUCAGUGAUGAGGAUUCGCUAGCCAAGAGACAGCGCACACAUGACCAGUGGAUGAAGCAGACCUUCGAGGAGGCUGAUAAGAAUGGAGAUGGUCUUCUGAACAUUGAAGAGAUCUACCAGCUUUUACACAAGUUGAACGUCAACUUGCCUCGCAGGAAAGUCAAACAGAUGUUCCAGGAAGCAGACACUGAUGACCAGCAGGGAACACUGACGUUUGAGGAGUUCACUGUCUUCUAUAAGAUGAUGUCGUUAAGGCGAGACCUCUAUCUGCUGCUCAUGUGCUUCAGUGAGAAGAAGGAUCACCUGACCGCAGAGGAACUCGGCAACUUUCUGCGUGUGGAGCAAAAGAUGUCCAAUGUGACCCCUGAGCACUGUGCGGACAUAAUCAAUAAGUUUGAAGUCUCUGAGGAGAACAAGCAGUAUGGAGUUCUUGGAAUCGAAGGGUUCACCAGCUACAUGCGGAGCCCAGUCUGUGAUGUGUUCAACCCUCAGCACAACGAGGUCAAUCAAGACAUGGAUCAGCCUCUGUGUAACUAUUUCAUAGCCUCUUCCCACAACACCUACCUGACUGGAGAUCAGCUGCUGUCCCAUUCCAAGACGGACAUGUAUGCUUGGGUCCUGCAGGCCGGCUGCCGCUGUGUGGAGGUGGACUGCUGGGAUGGUCCAGACGGGGAGCCUAUGGUCCAACACGGUUACACUCUGACCUCCAAGAUCACCUUUAAAUCUGUCAUUGAGACCAUCAACAAAUACGCCUUUGUAAACAAUGAGUUCCCCGUGAUCCUGUCCAUAGAGAAUCACUGCAGCAUUCAGCAGCAGAAGAAGAUAGCUCAGCAUCUGAAAAACAUCUUCGGAGACAAGCUGGAUGUGGGGGAGGCUCUGAACAAAGACCCAAAGCAGCUCCCCAGUCCGAACUCCCUGAAGGGCAAGAUACUCAUAAAGGGAAAGCGUCUUCCUCCGUACUUGUCUGCAGAUGCUGAAGAGGGUGAGGUGUCUGACGAUGACAGUGCUGAUGAGAUUGAAGAUGACUUCAAGCUGAAGAAUAGCAUGUCCAAUGGGCCCUGUCAGCACCAGGUGGAGUCCCACAUCAGGAAGAAACUAGACUCACUGAUGAAAGAGUCACAGAUCGGGGACAAAGAGGACACGGACAGUUUCUCUAUCCGAGCCCUGCUCCGUGCCACCCAUGAGGGCCUCCAAAGAAACCUGCGCAAGAAUUCCAAAGAUGGCAUGAAGAAAUCCCAGAGCCGCUCCUUCAUCAGCAACCUCAAGCACAAGAGGCAUUCCAAAUCAAGGCUGAAAUGUCAGAGUGUUGAAACAGACGAUGACAGGCAGCAGGAGCCAUCAGGUGGACAGUUUAACAGAGGUGGAAGGAGAAGAAAAACGAUAAAGCUGAGUAGAGAUCUAUCAGUUCUGGUGGUCCUCACUAACUCUGUGGCCUCUCAGGAGUGUUUAGAUGAGGGAUCACCCUAUAAUGUUCUGUCGUUUAGUGAGACACGAGCUCAGCACCUGGUGCACCAUCGAUCUGAGCGCUUCUUGACUUUCAACCAACGACAGCUCUCUCGGAUCUAUCCCUCUGCCUACCGGAUUGACUCCAGUAACUUUAACCCACAGACGUACUGGAAUGUGGGUUGCCAACUUGUGGCUUUAAACUACCAGACUGAUGGCCGUAUGAUGCAACUGAACAGAGCCAAGUUCAUGGUGAAUGGAGGCAGUGGCUAUGUGCUCAAACCUGGCCCAAUGUGUAAAGGCUCCUUCAACCCACUGAAUGAUGAUCCGCUCCAUGCUAAUCCGAAGAAACAAUUGGUGAUAAAAAUCAUUAGUGGACAGCAGCUGCCCAAACCUCCUGAUUCAAUGCUGGGAGAUCGUGGUGAGAUCAUUGAUCCCUUCGUUGAGGUGGAGAUUAUUGGUCUUCCGGUGGAUUGCUGUAAAGAACAAACCAGGGUUGUGGAUGAUAAUGGUUUCAACCCUGUGUGGGAAGAGACUGUGUCUUUCACACUUCACAUGCCCGAGGUGGCUCUAGUGCGCUUCCUGGUUUGGGAUCAUGACCCCAUUGGACGAGACUUUGUGGGCCAGAGAACUGUAGCUUUCAGCAGUCUCAUGCCAGGAUUUAGACACGUUUAUUUGGAAGGAAUGACAGAGGCAUCCAUUUUUGUCCAUAUCACAGUGCAUGACAUCUAUGGGAAGUGGAGUCCUUUAGUCCUCAACCCAAGCUAUACCAUAAUGCACUUGCUAGGAGCUAAUAAGGGUCGUCAGCUGCGAGGUUUUAGAGGCUUAUUUAAUAGAAGUUCCAAGUCCUCAGUGGACACACAUAUUGGAGUUCCACCUCGUAAACGAUCCAUAACUGACCACCUUCUUCGAAGGACUGCCAGUGCCCCUGCUAAGGGCAGCAAAAAGAGCAAGAUGCCACUGGCUGAAGUUACAAGUGACAGAAAGCACAGCACUGGGGACUCUCAAACCAUUUUUGUAGAGAGGAGAGCGGGGAACAGAAAAGCCCUCCAACACGGUCCAGCAUCUAUGCCCCUGGAUAAGCUCCUACAUAGUCACCUCAGCCUGUCCACCCCAGAUCGGGAGGGCCCUGAUCCUGAAGCUGACACAAUCAUUGAUUCCUUCCUCAAUGAGAAACCCAGAUCUGUCUCAGUGGAUCUCCUCUUUGAAACUUAUGCCUUCAAAAAACCUGAUGUCCAUGCCCUUUCAGCUGACCACAUUCAAGACUGUAACAUUGAGCCCAAAGAUACAAAAGAAACCCCUUACCUGGUCAUUGAGCACAGGCCAGCAGACCACUUGACAGGUCCUACAGAGCAAUGCAAUGGUGGCAGUAGCUUACGGAGUGAAGGAAGUCAUAGAGAAUCAUGCCAGUUGGAAGCCCCUAAAAAGAACAUUCUAACACCCAAGGCAGCCACGUAUUCCUCAACUUCCUCUUCUUCCUCAUCUUCAGGAACCAACACCAAAUCACACUCUCCUAGAAUGACUCUGCCAGAUGAGAAGAGUCAAGUGUCCCUCCAGGAAAGUGCUCUCUCUCGCCUUAUUGACGCUGUCUCAUUAGACAAUGAGUAUGACACCUGUGGGUCCAUUUCUGUUCUGAUUGGCCAAUUUGAGGUCACUGAUGAGCAGAGCUCCCUAAUUCCAUCCAACUCACAACCCAUGAAAUAUUCUCUUCCUCCAUUUGACCUUCCUUGUCUCAACAAUGAGCUUUCCAGCACUCCACUAAAAGUUAUCAAAAAAUCUGUGUGCGCAACCUCAGAGCUAACCGAGAGACCUUCUAGUCCUAAAACGACUGAACCUGCAGUCUUUACCAUCUUGGAUGAGGAGGUGCUUUCUCCUGUAUUUACAAACAGCCUUUGUCAAAACAACUUUCAAAAUGACUUGGUUGGUUCUCCUGUGGUCAGCCAGGGAUCCUCGCCCAUCAAGAUGCCUUUAGAAUGGUCUGCACAUGGAAAUCUAAAGCAAAGCUAUAGCAGCCAAUGCCAUUCCACUGGUUCCUGCAGAAAUGUUGAAUUCGGAGGAUACAGAGAGACCUCAAUCAAUAGCACAGCCUCAGACCGCUUCUUGCUGUGCCAAGACUUUACAAACAGCAGUCUGAUGGAGGUGGAGAUCAAUGUAGACGAGGAUCCCUUAGACAACACGCUGACCCCUUUGAGUCCUCUUCACGAUUUCAAAAGUGGUCAAAGCUUAAACCAGACCUCCCUCUAUCAAGUACAAAGACUUGAACCAAACCAUCUCCACAAACUCUCAUACAAUCCCUCUCCUGUUCACUCAUACUCCACGGACACAUCACCCUUUCACAGACUCUACCAAUCUCCACACCAAAGUCUGAACUCUAGCACCUACCUUAAUAACAAAUCCCAGCCAAGGAAGUUUAAAUGUUAUAAUGAUUCUGGGAGAUUUACACUUGGUGAUCACAGAAUAGAUGCCACAGAAGGAAGGCACCAGGAGACAAGAGACCAGAACAGCUUGAUCAGCAGGGCAGAGCAUUUAAACAAAAGCUCUUUGUCCUCAGAAUGUCUUGCAAAGACUCAAGGCUGUCAUAAUUUGUUAAAGAGGGACUUGUACACACCUGUAUCAGACUACAACAUGAUUACAGUUGAAUCACAAGACUCUUUUUCCCAGCCAUCUCCGCACAAUCAGGCCUUUCCUGUACCUCCUCCUCAGAUGUACAAUGGACUCUCUCCAACUUCUUCCAAGUCCAAGAGCCUGGGAGACCUGACCUCUGAGGACAUUUCAUGUAACUUUCAGAGCAAGUACAAGUCAAUCAGCCGAAGUUUUGUCACUCCUGCAAUGAAAGACCAAAGACGCAUGUGUGGGAUUUCUGGUCGUCCGAAGUCCACUGAUCCCUUAACUGAGCAGCUUCGCAAGCUUGUAACACUGGAACAUGAAGACUAUACGCAUCCCCUCCCCUCUUGUUCUCAACCCAUCCCGAAACCUCUUUCAGUGCUUCCUCUGGUUUCUCGGAGCUCUGCUGAUGAUCCUGAAGACCCUCCACCAUUUCUGUCAAGACGACUGUCGUCCCGCAGUCAAAGUCGUGUACGUCAUAUAGCCAAUCGUGCACGUGAGAGACAGCAGGAGGCCUUCAAACACCACUCUGUUGAGGGUGCCAUGGAAGUAGUACUCCGCAAUAAACCAGUUUCCUCCCAAAAUCCUCCACCGAACAGGCACUCUACAGGGUCUUAUAUCACUGGUUACCUGAACCAUCUGGGUCCUGAGGCCCGAGGCUUGCCUGAAGGAGCCUGCACCUCACUACACUAUGGAUACGGAGAUCGCUACUAUAAUGACGAUUCUGUACUCCCUCCGGACUUCUCCAACUCAUCAGAACCCGAGGUCUUCUUCCUACUUAGGCUUUGACCUUGCAUCUCACCUGCUGUUUUUGACUGUGCAUGUAUUUCCUAGUAACAGUUGCAACUAUUGUAUAUGUAGCAGGACACUUCCAGAACUGUGUACAUAUUCCAUAUAACACGGUCUCCUACUUGUGCUACUCCUGCUGUAUUAAACUUAUUAUUUUAUAUACAUGUGGUCCCUGUCAUGCUUGAAAAAAAAUAUUGUUCAAAAUGUGUGCUGUCUCAAGGUUUAAAAAAAAAAAGAGUAAAUAAUUGAAUUGGAUAUUUCUUGCAGACAUUUUCUUUUUGUUGUUGUUGUCAGCUAUUUGUUCUUUUUUAAACUAUGUAGUACAACAAAGUCAUGAAGGGGCUUCUCUUUUUAUUCAGUCUUCCUGCAUAUCUUGUUAUUUGUAUGUCUGUGUAGUUUGUACAUAUGUUGGUAAAUUUAUGCUCAGUCAAAGCACGAUUGGUUUUCCUUUCAAUUUUAAAUACUGUGAGGUUUUUUUUAGCAUGUGAACUGUGAACAUUUUCAGCAUGACUAUGCACAGACCUGUAGAUGCUGUGCUCUGAUUUUGCACAGAAUAAUUCUGUUGUAUUGAAUGCAAUACAGCACAUUUACCUGCUUGCUCUGACUUGCUUGCUUUCUAUUAGUCAUGGAUUUAAAGAAGUUUGAAACUCUUCUUCAUAUUCUAAAGCUGUAUGGUUAAAGUUUUAUUUUUAUAAUUGCUUUGAUACAG